AUGGCGGCUCUUGCGUCCUCCGCGUCCCUUCGCCUCGCGGCAGCGCCGCUCGCAGGGAAAACCCAGGCGCGCCUCAGCUCCGCCCAGAGCGAGCUUGCGGGACUUUCCCAAGGCCUCGCGAAUAUGUCGAUUUCUCGCUCGUCCGCACAACCUGCUGUUAGCCGCGUCGUCACGCCAGUCGCAAAGAGGGUGUGCGAUCUGACGGGCAAGAGGCGCAACAACGGCUACUCAGUCUCAUUCUCAAACCACCGCACCAAGAAGGUGCAGCAGCCAAACCUGCAGUACAAGCGUGUGUGGUGGGAGGAGGGGCAGCGGUACGUGCGCCUCAAGCUCAGCACGAAGGCGAUCAAGACACUCGAGUGGAAGGGGCUUGAUAAGAUGGCCAAGGAGGCCGGCAUUGAUCUGAGCAAGUUCUGA